GGGCCGCCCCCGCCGCCCGCCCGGAGCUGCCCGGAGCUGCCGCGGCCUGGGCUGGGCCUGCCCGCGCCCGGUGCCCCCCGGUGCCCCCCGGGACCGCCCGGUGCCGCCAUGCCACACAGCUUCAAACCCGGAGACCUCGUCUUCGCCAAGAUGAAGGGCUACCCGCACUGGCCGGCCCGGAUCGAUGACAUCGCGGACGGCGCCGUGAAACCCCCCCCGAACAAGUACCCCAUCUUCUUCUUCGGCACCCACGAGACAGCCUUCUUGGGCCCUAAAGAUCUGUUCCCUUACGAAAAGUACAAAGACAAAUAUGGCAAACCCAACAAGAGGAAAGGCUUCAACGAGGGGCUGUGGGAAAUCCAGAACAACCCUCACGCCAGUUACAGUGCCCCUGCGCCCGCCAGCUCCUCCGACAGCGACGUCCCCGACAACGAUCCCAUGGCGGGAAGCGACGCCGGGGAGGACGAGGAGGACUCUGCCAUGGCCACCCUGCCCACGGAGAAGGUGGAGAGCGACGAGGACUCGGAUCGGGGCAGCGACCACAGCGGGCUCAAGAGGAAACCCUUGGGCAUGAAGAUGCCGCCGGUGACAAAACGGCCUCGGAAAUCCUCCAGUGACCUGGACCAGGGCAGCCCCUCCGGGACGGAAGAGGAGAACUCGGAGACGUCUUCUGAGUCGGAAAAAAACAGUGACCAGGAUUUCACUCCCGAGAAGAAGCCGGUGGCCAGGGCCCCGCGGAGGAUCCCGGCAGGGGGGAGGAAGAAGAAGAAAGUGGAGUCUGGCUCUGACUCCGACUCCAAAGUGGACUCAGACCUGGAGGUGGGAAAUGCCACCAUGGACAUGACCAAGUCCGACUCCAACUCCGACUCGGACUCGGACGUGUCGGUGAAAAAGGCGCCGCGGGGCCGCAAGCCAGCUGAGAAACCACCCCCCAAGCCCCGGGGCAGGAAACCGAAGCCCGAGCGGGUCCCCACCAGCUCCAGCAGCGACAGUGACAGCGACAGCGACGUGGAUCGCAUCAGCGAGUGGAAGAGGAGGGACGAGGAGCGGCGGCGGGAGCUGGAGGAGAAGAGGAAGAGGGAGCAGGAGGAGGAGAUCCGUCGGCUCCGGGAGCAGGAGAAGGAGGAGAAGGAGAGGAGGAAGGAGAAGGCGGAGAAGGGCGAGGAGGGGCACUCGGACUCAGACAGCAGUGCCGAGGAUGAGGUGGCCAAAAAGGGCCGGAGGGGCCGGGCCAAGGCCCCGUCCUCCUCAGACUCGGAGCUGGAGCCGGAGAAGGAGGUAAAGAAGCCGGCGAAGAAACAGCCCUCGGAGUUGUCAAGGAAACCAAAUCAGAAGGAGAAGAGGGGCCGAGCAGAGGAGAAGCCACGGAGCAAACCCUUGAAAGUGGAACGAGGCCGGAAGAAAUCCGACCCCAUCCCUGAAAGGAGGAUGGAGAAGAAAAAGGAGCCCACGGUGGAGGAGAAGCUGCAGAAGCUGCACAGUGAGGUCAAGUUUGCCCUGAAGGUGGAUAACCCGGACAUCAAGCGGUGUCUGAACGCGCUGGAGGAGCUGGGGACGCUCCAGGUCACCUCCCACAUCCUCCAGAAGCACACGGACGUGGUGGCCACGCUGAAGAAGAUCCGUCGCUACAAAGCCAACAAGGACGUGAUGGAGAAAGCUGCCGAGGUCUACACCCGCUUGAAGUCCCGUGUGCUGGGACCAAAGCUGGAGGCCCUCCAGAAAGCCAACAAAGCCGGGCCUGAGAAGGACAAGGGGGAGGCGGAGAAGGGCCCGGAGAAGCUGCCGGGGGCGGAGGCGCGGAACGAGAAGGGGGAGGAGGAGGAGGAGACGAACGCUGACCUGCCAGGUCCUGUGAACGGCGAGUCCCUGUCCCAAAAAUCAGAGGGCACAGAGGAGAAGGACAAAAGCCAAGGGGUGGGAGCUGCAGAGCCGGAGGCGCCCGAGGAGCCCCACAACAACAGCGUGCAGGACUAUCCCAAGGCCGAGCGAGCCGGGCCGGAGCGGGAGCCGGAGGCUGCGGAGGACACGGAGGAGAGCUGAGGGAACAGCUCCCACCUGGAGCAGGAGGAGGAGGAGGAGGAGGAGGAGGAGGAGAGGCUGGGAAGGGAGACCAGCCUGUGCCUCAUCCCCUGCUGGAGUCACUUCCCUAAGUCACACGUAGCCAAUGUCCUUGGUCUUGUCCCGUGUCCCUGCGGAGGCACCGCCCGUGGGGGGGCUGUGCUGGUGUCUGUAUUUGUCCCCCCUCCCUUUUUAUUAUUUUGAUUUUAUUUUGUUGGUUUUUUUUUUUUUUGGCUGUUUUAUUUUUGUUUUGUUUGUUUUUUUGGUUUGGUUUUUUUUUUUUUUUCCCUCCUACCUAAUUUCUCGUGAUUUCGACCGACAUGAAAUGAAUAUAAAGGGUUUUCUAAUGAAAAACAC